GGGGCGGCGGGGGUGUCAUCUCUGUACUUAUCGUAUUCCUACCCCUCGUUGCUUCUCGUCGUCUUCUCUGCGCGUUUCUGAUCCCGUACCUCCUCCCGGUAUAAAUAAUCGGAGCAGAUUUAGCAGACCUGAAUGGGGGAGGCUUAAGCCCGUCGAUUUUAAUCGAGCGACCGUAUUAACUGAGCGCCUACUCUGCGCGGAGCGCUGUACUAAGCGUUCGGGUCAAGCGAGCACGUUCAGGGAAAUGCACUUGGAACGGACUGACUCUGCCUCCCGCCUACACAUCCGUAGCACAUCAGACCCGCGCUCGCUCUCUCGUGUCACACUUUCCGCAGGAGGUUCUGCAUUCAGGUCAGCGUUAGAUGGGAAUAAAGCAGAUGGCUUAGUAACGUGACGUCUGAUCGUGUCGACGUGGUGCCGUUGGGUCAUUGCCUUUUUCGGAAUCACGGCGGACUUUUAUUAGCCAGUCGUCGCCGGCACUUGGUUUCCCAGGAAACCCGUCCCGUUCUCAUCAGGGUUUCAGAGCUCCGAGCGGUCUCGUCCUUGACUUCUGGGCGUAUCCGACGAUCAUAUCGAGCGUUUAGUUUCUUUUUGGUAAUUCAGUCUGCCGAGUCCCGACAGCGGGGAAGGAGCAGGGAGGCUAGUGCUGAUGAUUACGGAGCAGUAACGGGAGCGUUCACGGAGGAACUGAUCUCCCUGGCAAGGAGGGAUUUUAUUGCCAUUCGGCCUCUGUUGCUCCGAAUUUUUCUUCUUUUCACGUGACCCGUGUUUCGUGGGAAUGAGCGCAAGAGAGUUUUCAGAUCCUGUCCGCCGGCGUCGGUACCGUGAAGGUCGCUGCUGGCCGGCCAGCCCGGCAGGUGAGCGCGAAGAAAUUCCCGGCCCACCCUGUUGGCCGAGGCACGCGGGUAGCGAAAUGAGGGAAACGGGCCUUCUCUGCUAUUUGUCGAGUACCGUCAUCUGCUAGAAGUGGGUGUCGGUUGGCAAAAACCGAUUGGAAGAAUCGAGGAUUCAUCUGGGACAAGAGGAAAUGGCGGUUUAGGACCUAGAACCUCUCCUCGGGUCUGCCAUUCUCUCCGCCGCACGGAUUGAGCCGGUAACGUGUCUGAACGACGAAAGAGUUCCGACGUGAGGGCACGGAUCGUCUCAGUAUCGUGAUGUUCCGUUAAGCCUCACAAAAGCCGCUUUCGAACCUCAAACCGGAGAAGGAUUAGAGGUUAUUCGGAACCGACUGAUUUGACAUAGCUCACCUCGGUUCAACAGUGUAUUUAAAAGAUGUCGAGUCCCGCGUUUUCAGUAGUAGUGGUUUGAACGGGGCCACUCACGCUGUCGUCCCGGCCGGGCACGGAAUAGAAAUGAGCCGGUGAGGCAGGCAGGGGAACACCACCGUUGUACUCGAUGGGAGACUCCGUCGUCGUCGUCGUCGUCGUCGUCCUCGUCGUCAGGCGCACGUUUCGAAUGAUGGAGCAGUCGGACGUCAUCCUUUGAAAUUUGCUGGCGGAAUAUCAACAUAAAUGUAAUGAGCUGCAAUUUGCCGAAAGAGAAAACAGCACACUUCGUCACCAAGUAGAACAGAUGCUGGAAAAAAUUUCCCCUCUGGAGAAAUGUCAGGAAGAACUGGGAUGCUUGAAAGCAGAGCUGGAAGAGAAAAAGAGUACGCUCAAGAUAUACCAGGAGACUCAUCUGGAAUACACACGUGUGAAAGAAGAAUGCCUAAAAAGUGAUAUCGUGAAGAAGAAGCUGGAAGCCAGAGUGAAAAAGCUGGAAGAGGCUGCGAUAAAACAGACCCAGGACUUCAAGCAACUGAAAAUGGAAAAGAAAAUUCUUGAAAAGGAGCUUAAGAAGGCACAGGAAAAAAUAGAGGCAUUUCCCAAGCAGAAGAAUAAAAAAGUGCUGAAACAUACAGGAACACAAAGCUCCAAUGAUGAUCCAGUUGCCAAUUUAGAUAAAAAAAAAAUAAGAUUGUUACUGAAAGAACUCUGGUUGUGCAUCGACUCCACCUCAGAGACACUGCAGCCUGAGGAUGAAGAAUGCAUCCCAUCACCUUCCUUCGAAGAACUUUCAGUGACACCAGAAAAGAAAACUAAGGCUUUGAAUGAGGAAGAAAAGGCGGCCGAAGAACACCGACAGUCGAGGAAGUCUCUUGAUGACUGUGAAGCGCCUCCACACCAGAGCAGUCCCGUAGAAACCCUAGAAAUGCAGACGUGCUUAACGACCCUGUCGAUGGAAGUAGACCGGGAACCUCCUGGCUCGGACUCCUCAGCCGAUGACAGGAUCGGCGAAGAGGACCGCAGUAUUGAAAUUGCUUUUCGCGAGGACGACGGGACAGAGCCUGGGAGGACAGAAGAGGCACAGGACAGAUGGUCUGACUUCCCGGGUGAAAAACACAAACUCACUGAAGAGGAGCUACAAGUGAUCUUGAACUGGGUCAAACCCCCUCCCCUUUUGUCUCCGGUGAAAUCGUUGCCACGGUUUACGCCAGACACGUUGUUUGGAGACCUUUCGGAUUCCAGCGACGACGAAAUAUCUCAUAGUGCGCAAGCUGUCGAAUGUAUUCUAGAAAACAACCCAGCUGAAUUCCAGAACACCUAUGGCCUCAACGGUGUAGAAGAGGAAAGUAAACACUGGGACGAAGGGCCCGAACCAGACCCCGGCAUCGUGAGCCCAAGUAAACUGGAUAAGAAUGACGUCACACCCGGUGGGUACGACAUUUUGACAACAAAACCAAGAGAUUGUAGUGAGGACAAAGUGGAGUCAGAGCAGACAGCUUCGAUAACUUCCACCGGAACUGAUGAAGAACCCCCGGCGGUGCCAUUUGAAUAUGUAACGGAUGACAAGUCGGGUACGUCAGAGAAGAUGGAAAGCCAAGUGGCAGAAACAAUCCAGGAGGUGGAUCACAAAGCGGUGCAAGUCGAAGAGACAGCCUGUGCAAUUGUUUGUUCGUCUCCUAGCUCUGAGUGCCCGAGGCAGGCGACACCUGUCCCGGUGCCGGCGGUGGAGGCCUCCCCUUCGCGUACGGAUCCGUGUAGCCCUCAACGUAGCCGGGAAAGGUCCAUUCAACCAGCAGAGCCUCCGGGGGAGAGCGUGUCAGCUAAAGAACAAGCGUCCCAGUCGAAACUUGAUAAACAAAUGGCAACGGAAAUCGCCUGUCCCGGCGAAAGUGUGUCGACAGCCCACCGACGUCUCCAGGAAGAAGGCAGAGAGGCAGCGAGUGAGAAGGAAGAAAUGAAAAUGUCCAACCGUCAGUCGGAGCCCGGUUUCCAAGAAACCAGCGAAUCAGAAGACGGAGAGGCCGCCCUUAGAAGAGAGAACCCUGGGGAGGAUUUUUUGUUUUCCUUUUCUACCGAUGCUUCUUCAUCGCUUAACUCCAGCGGUUUCAAGAGUCAGGAUAACGAGAUGACGUAUCAGUCGAGGAUGGAAAGGACAGUAAAGCAGUGUGUUGUUACAGACUCUGUUACUGAGGCUAACCUUGGCGAGAUCCCACCGGUGGAACCAAACACUUGCGAGCCAGUUCCUCGGUCUCAGAAUCUGUCCACGUCGGACAGGCGGUCGGAGCCUUCAGAGGGUUCUCGAGGCGAAAGCAAACUGGAGCUCACCCUCCGGGCUUUGAAGCUCGGAUCGGGGACGACGGAAUCAGUCCAGAAUAGCACGGAGAUGGAGGGUGCCGGCAUUCCAGAAGACCAGGCCAAAGUGCAGCCAGGCGAUCAGUCGGGAUGUGGAGGCAGAAGUGGCGAACGAGAUAAAAUUGAAGAUCAGAGGAUUGAAGUUGAUGAAACCGAAUUAGAAAACCCAUCUUUAAGCGACUGUCUUAGUAAUUUGGUAAAGUGUGAUCGUAGUUUCGAAAUAUACAAAUCACGUAGCGUUGAAGAAAGCGAGCAGCUACUGAAGAGAAAUUUUGAAAGACCGGGAGCUGAACCAGGCGGUGAACAAGAAGUUUUGAAGUUAGAACUGAGGUCUACCUUGGAAGGCACAAGAAUGUCACCCAAAUUAGAAUUUCUUGAGGGAGAAGACGAUCCCGUAGAACUGAAGGAGGAAUUACUUGUAGCUAGCCAUAACCGUAGGACUCUGUCCUUAUCCCUCGAAACAAAUUCGAGAACAGACGGCGACCAGACAAAAUCUGAAAAACAGCCCGUUGCGGAGCUUGAAUCUCUAAAAUCGUGUGGUAGGGAGGUGAAUAUUCCACCUGAACGGACGUCACCCCAACCGAAAGGUGUCAUCGAGAAAAGUGACGAACCAUUAGAAAGCGAGGAAGUAGACGCGGCAUCGCCGGUCGAGCAAGCCACUUCAACCUGGCCACGGUCCGAUUUGAAGGCCUCUGCUGAUUUCCUCGCCGUAGAGGAUUCUGUGUGUGCAACAGCCGGAGAGUCACCGGUCCCUUCUGAAGGAUUCUCGGUUCAAAGCCAGAAAAGCCAUACGGCAGAAAUGUUUGUCCUGCGUGAUAGAGGGAAGCCAAAUCAGCCUUGUGAUGCCACGAUUCUGACUACCUCGGGAGCGGGUGUCGACGAGGACCCCCGGCCUUGUAUAAACGGGACGUGGGAAGACGGCAGGGCUUUAGAGGAGAUAGACCCCGGGGGUUCCGUGAGUUCGGGAGGCGAAGCUCGAACUGUACGCCCUGACCUCCCGUCUCCGAGCACGCCCCGGAUCCGGAAUGGACCUCUGCAGCAGAAGUGCAGAGUUUCUGACCCGGCUGAUGCGAGUUGUUUUUUCUGGGGCUUUAAAACGUUUUCUUCCCUAAGUAAAGAAAAUGGCAGAGGCACGAAUCCCGUCAGUCACUCUUUUCAGUUUCCCUUGGCUUAUCGGCAAGCAGAAUGUGCUGAUGUUAAAAAAGCGAAGCGUGAGCCACUUAGUCACGCUAGUGAAAGUAAAAGCGCGAGAGAAAUCGAGAGUGAGAGCGAGCAACCCGUUCUCGUCGUAGAACCUCCAGAGCGACGAACGGAAGUUGCAGCUAAAGAUGCCGACGUACCUGUGGUGAAACGAGAGCGUUGGCCAUCCACGGAAAUCGAAUCUUUAACGGCAGUCCUGGAAAAUUUUACCCUAAAUGCUGCGUCUGAGAGCAGUGGAUUUCCAGCGGCGGGAGUAGAGUAUGAAAGCGAUCCUGUAAGGAAUUAUGCGGCGGGGAACUCCACGACAGAAAGUGCUGGUGAAGAAAGGGUGACCGAGAAGCGUGGAGAGAACGAACUAAAGGAAGAGGAGGUGAUACCUGGAGAAAAAAAUGGAAGCCGACUCUGGGAAGACUCUUUGGAGGCUACCAAAGAGACGAGCGAAUCGGAAGAGGAGGUUUAUCCCUUAAGAAAAGUCAAGUGUAAGAGCCAGUUUACCCAGUGUUUUAUGGGGGCCUCACUUCAGACACCUACCAGAGAAGAAGCACAAAACAUUGAGACCAAUUUCCAGGCUCCUGCUGGCAGAAAAUCUGGAGACUCCUCUCUCAUGACCACAUGCAGCAGCGUGGCCGGGGGAGAGAUUAAAGGAAUCUUUCUACCUUGUGCCGUGGCUAACCCCUCUUCAUCGGAUGCUGUAGAUGAGCUUCCGCCAGCGGUGGCAAAACUCGAUCGUAAAAAUGAUCCUCCCGCAGUUGAUGGGGUUCACGGCGAAACCACCCGAAGUGUCCCAGCACCGAUGGAGAACCUCAGUCGUAAAAAUGGCCCUCCCGUGCUCGACGGGGUUAACGGUGAAACGACCCAAAGGGUAGAACACGGACGGCGCUCAGCUGCACACGGGGGAACUAGCGAUGGAGAGAACGUUUUGUCCGAGUGGACAGGAUCAACAUUACAGCCGUCUGAGACGUUAGUACGGGACCCCACGGGGAAUGAUACCGACGGGUCGGAAGAUACCCAGCCGCAGGAUCGGGUGUCAGGGAGGGACCCCGAAAUCGUAAAUCGACGUGUUGUGAAGAACGGGGAAUUGGAUCUGGGAAUCGUAGAGCCCGGCAACCAGAGGUCGGUAAAUGGCGAACAACUCGAGUCAGAAACGGACCGGACCGAGGCCCGUGCGACUCACGCAGAAGCCCCUCAAGCUCAAAAUAAUAUUUGUCCAGAGAGGCUGGAAGAUGAUCUCGCUCCCGAGGAGCUCGUCCAUCCCUUACUGUCCCGGGAAAGUUUUUCCAGAAAUGGUAAAAGCGCUAUGUCCAAAGACAGCUGUCUGUGGAAUCUACUCCCCGCAUCCGGGUUACUCUCCGUCCCUCGAGAACAUAAUUUAACUCCCGAGUCCCAGAGCGUCGAAUUUGAUAGUAGAGACGAUAUCUUAGAACUGGAGACCUUCGGUGACCCGGUGUGUAGCAACGGGACGCGGUCAGAUCUCCCGAACGGAAAGUUACCGGUUCCGUCGACGGAGGCUUCCACCGAGACGAAACCUGAACAAGGGAGGCCUCCUCAGAAAUUAUCGCAUAGCAGGUGUAAAGGCAAACUUCAGCAGGGUCACGUGACCCAGCCGGUUUUAGCCAACGCCGACACUUCCACCCCGACGAAAUGUUCUUCCGACGUGAUCACCAGGAUAAGGGAAGAGAUAGGUCCGCCUUUGCCUCCCCUGCUGCCCCCUUUACUGGAUACGCCCCCGAGAGCGCUGCGUCCCGUCUCCCCGAUCAUGUCGACCUCUAGUCAGUCCUCGCUACCGUCACCUCUUGAUGACUUGAUCUCCCCGUUACGGGACACGCCGGUCCCUCCGCUGAUGUCUCCGCUGUCGGACGACCCUCGGUACAAAUCGCCCCUGUUCGCCAGUCCGUCGCCCUCGGAUGCGUUAGCCGGUCGAAGGAUCCUCACGUCCCCCCUGCAGUUUUGUGCCGCCACGCCGAAGCACGCCCUCCCCGUGCCCGGAAGGCUUCCUCCGUCCGCGGUGGGCAACUCCACGCCCGGAAGGCCACAGGAGAAUUCCGUGAAGAUCCUCGACACCAUGUACCCGGAACUGUCCGCCAGAGCCAGAACGCUCAACAUCCUCAAAGGCAACAUUCAGCUGAACAGGUGCCCCCAGUCCAACUGCAAAAGUUUACCGGGGCCCGUCAACCAGAUCACGGGAUUCAAAGCGAUCGCCUCCACGUCGACGGCGUUCGUUAAAACGGGAAGCGGCGCCGGCGCCGAGGGCGACAGGGAGAAGGUAGAGGACGCGGAGACUCAGUCCGCAAGUUCACGGGAGCGGGGGUGUAAAAGGGCAUCGGUCUCCACGUCGGUUCUGCGGAGCGCUAAAAGGCUGCGCCUAGACAGCGAGUCGCCCAAAGCGGAGAACGGUCUGGGGGACGCUCCCGCGGGGAUCGCCGAAGACCUCCCAGCCGGGUCCCCUCAGAUUGAAAGCCCGGGGGCGGGCCGUGGGGAGCCCGGGGGGGAGCCGGCCAACAGCUCUGCUGGCGAAUCGCCUUCGCCGACCCAAGAGAUGGCCGAGCCCCGCGACGGCGGCGUGACCGACGCGCUGAAGAAAAUCGCCGAAACCUGUUUCGAUCUGUUGCCUGUCAUUUCCAGCCAUGUGUACGUGGGGAAUAUUUCUAGGAAGCCGGUAAUGAGAGAUCAAGAGAAAGAAGUCGUCUCUGAAUUCGGAAUCACGAAGAAGCAUCUAGCAGAAACCUUGCUUCACGCGAUUCUCUCCGAACUGAAAACGCAGAAGCCGUCUCCGGACCACAGUUACGUUCAUGCCCUGUGCAGGGUGUAUGUCGGGAUCUGCAGGCAUCUCGGAGACUUGGAACGGGCUCGCCUCUUCUGUUACACCCUGCUUAAAGAAGAUUUUCCAGAAUCUGAGAAGUUAACUCUGUUCAUCGCAAGCACGUGGCAUGAUAUAUUUAUCUUUCAAGGAGUGCUGAACAAAGCCAUCCAGCUCGUCGCCCGGCAGCGUGCCAGAGGAGAGGUUCUGAACUGCUUGAGUGCUUAUCUCAACUGGGAAGAGAACUCCUCCUUGGAUGUCGGUAUCAUGAUCUCAAGUCUGCUUUUGGCGAUACAGUUAUGUCCUAAAAUGGAAUUUCAGUUAAGAGAAAAAUUUGGUGAAGACCUAAGUGACAGCACUUGGGAAUAUAUAUUUGCUAUCGAUCUACUUUGCUGUCAUCAGAAAUGGGUUUGGACACACGAUAACAUCGUAAGUAAAGAGCUGUGGCCAGUCAUGGACACGUGGAUACGGCACAGAAAGGGGAACACGAACACUACGUGCCCUCCGGAUGUUAUUGUGGCGUCGAUACUCAGACUGAUCGGCCGCUUAGGCCAGCUAGGUUUAAAAGAAGGCUAUUCUUUUGCUGUGAAAAACAUCAGCAGAGUCAUCGGUACUUUCAUAAAACAUGCGCCAGAAGAAGCCGUACCCUGGGCCGUGCAGUUGGCGGCUGUCUACGCGCUUUGCGAACUGAGUCCCAGCAACCCGUCGGAAGCGUUCGACGUGUUAAACUCUUGGAGAACGGGGGCCGCGAAGAGCGUCCCGUCCGCGGUCAGCGGCUGCAUAGCUGAAAUCAGCGAGAUGCGAGCCGCGGAACGCGCUUAAACCGCCCGGAACCGCUCUGCCCACAGAAGUGCCUUUUUGUCUGGAGGAGAAAAGCGGGUCGUGCCGUUUUACGAGACGCCCGAGGACGAAAGCAAUAUCCAGAAGGACACGGCCAGGAGAAUCGCUCUCUGAUUGCCGGCGUGGGAGGAGGGAGAGGCCGGAGGCACUGUUUGCUUCCCUCCCCUUCCCGCCCCGGGGACGUUCUAGUUGCACAGUUGUCCCGUGUAACUUGUAUGUGCAUUUCACGUGAGCCCACCACCCCCUGUAAAUGACAGAUGGGCCGAAGCGACGCGUUUCGGUCGGAUGAGGAGAACCCGGACUUGCCCUUUUUGCUGCAGAAGGAGGAGAUGCCCUUUUGUGUUUUUUAAACCGCGCGGUAUUUUAAAAUGGACGUAAGUUACGACAGCUUUCGGUCGCGGAGCCGGAGAUACCUCCGGGCCGCGCCCUCGAGACGUGGGCCGGACGUGUCUUCCCUUAAGCGAGCCACGUGGACCGCGGACCACGUGUCCGUGUGUUUUAUUUAGGUGGGCCUUCCCGGCCGGCCGCAAGCCGAGCCGGCGGCGAAAACUCCGUCUAACUUAUUUUCCGUCCGUUCGUAGAGCGACUCGACGGCUUCCGGCCGACGGGGACGAUGGAAUCGCGGCAGUGAAAGUUUUAUGUUUCGAUUACGUGUAUAUGAAAGAUUCAGAGGUAACCAACAGAUCUCUGUAUGUUUUGUAUAUAGGGUAUAUUGCUAUAAUGUGUUUCACAUUUAAUGAUGUUCCACUUUGGGAAUUUUAGAGUUUGUAUAUAGAAAGCAGGUUUAACGAUUCACGUGGUUCUGCCUCCUAAUAUGGUUUAUCUUGUAUUGACCAUUUCUUAGACAACGCUGUACAUUUUUUUUUUUUUAUAAUAAAAUCAAAGUGAAUACUG